GACAAAAACAGAGAGGGGAGAUGGGGGCGGGGCUGACUGGUUAUGGUUUAACAGCACCACGGACAGCUCCCAUCUCCCGUUUCUGGACCGCAGGGAAGCGGCGCUGAAACCCGGAUGGAUGCUUUUGAAAACAAAGCCCGACUCGUCGAACCGUAGAGUCACCUGCAGCUCACUGCACCAGCGCAGAGCAUCCUCUUCUCCGCCUUCUCCUCCGCUCGAGGCUCGACUUGUCUCAUUUUCCGGCCUGACUCAAUCGGAUCUCGUUUAACUGCAUUGCCUCUGCGUCUCCAGCCUGUUUCGUCCUCCUUCUGCUCCUGUAACUGCCAACCAAUGCGCUGCGAAAGUACUUUUUAGGGAAGGUGGAUCGCUCCAAUCCAAGUUUCCUGAUUCCUUUGGUUUCUUCUUCUUAAUUCUUCUCAAAGUACCAACUUCUGUUUGAGACGUGCAAACAUCGCCUCCGUGAUUAUGUUGAGAUGCGGCUUUUUUCUCCGAAUCCGGGAGCGGAUGUUACUCUAGGACGCAGAAGGACAAUGAAGUUGUGUAGUUUGAUGUGAGACAGGCGACUCGCAGCCGUAAAACUGUCCGCAAACCUCAGAUCUUAGCGCAUCGGGCGCAUUUUUAUUUGGUGGACGCCUGCCAGAGAGCAAGAUGACGUGCCUCUAUGACUUUUUAAAUUGCACCUAGGAGAGAGAGAACGUGAAAAGGGGUCUUUCAUAUCCUGUUCCUGCUGCAGGGACAGACGAGCUGUAGCUGCCUAAACGAGUUUGGAUCUUACGCCUGGGAGAGACCGUGGAACUGUGGCAAAACAAAGGCAACCGAGACGCCUCGUUCCUCCUGAGCCCUAGUCCCGAAAAUCACCCACGGACGACAGAAAAUGAAGAAGUUUCGAAAGGUUUUGGAUGGUUUGACCACCUCCUCUCCGGGAGGGACUAUCGGAUCGCCAUCGUGUGGCAGCGCGGCCGGGACUCCCACCGCGGCGCCGACUCCCAAAGAAAUCGAUGUCCAAGAGACGCUAGUGUCGGAAAACUUUCAGCUGUGUAAGACAGUGCGUCAUGGUUUUCCCUACCAGCCCACCGCUCUGGCCUUCGAUCCCGUGCAGAAGCUCCUGGCCAUCGGCUCCAGAUCAGGCGGUGUACGCAUACUGGGACGACCGGGGGUCGACUGCUACUGUCAGCACGAGAGUGGAUCAGCUGUUCUUCAACUGCAGUUCCUCAUCAAUGAGGGCGCAUUGGUCACAGCCUGUGCAGAUGACACGCUACACCUAUGGAAUCUCCGUCAGAGGCGGCCGGCUGUCCUGCACUCGCUCAAAUUCAACAGAGAGAGGGUCACAUUUUGCCACCUUCCCUUUCAGAGCAAAUGGCUGUAUGUGGGGACGGAGCGCGGGAACACGCACAUCGUGAACAUCGAGUCCUUUAUUUUGUCCGGCUACGUCAUCAUGUGGAACAAGGCCAUAGAACUAUCAACUAAAACGCACCCGGGACCUGUGGUUCAUCUGAGUGACAGCCCCAAGGAUGAAGGCAAGCUGCUUAUAGGGUUUGAGAGCGGUACAAUUGUACAGUGGGACCUCCGGGCCAAGAAGGCAGACUUCAGAAUCUACUAUGAUGAGGCCAUCCACUCAGUCAGUUGGCAUCACGAAGGGAAGCAGUUCAUGUGCAGUCACUCCGACGGCAGCCUGACGUUGUGGAACCUCAGAAACACAUCCAAGCCAUUCCAGGUCACCUUCCCUCAUGGAAAGAUCCAGAAGGAUGGAAGGAAGGAGUCGUGUAAACCCAUACUCAAAGUGGACUACAAGACCUCACGGAGCAGUGAGCCGUUUGUGAUCUUCUCUGGGGGUCUUUCCUACGACAAGGCGGGGCGGCGGCCGGCGUUAACUAUCAUGCAUGGCAAGGCCAUCACUGUGUUAGAGAUGGAUUAUCCUAUUGUAGAGUUCAUGACACUCUGUGAGACUCCUUAUAACAACGAGGUCCAGGAGCCUUAUGCGGUGGUGGUGCUUCUGGAGAAAGACCUUAUAGUGGUGGAUCUAACGCAGAGCAACUACCCCGUCUUCGAGAACCCCUACCCCAUGGACAUCCACGAGUCUCCAGUUACCUGCACCGCCUACUUUGCAGACUGCCCGCCCGACAUUAUCCCCAUCCUCUACUCCAUAGGAGCUAAACACAAGAAGACCGGAUACAGCCAAAAGGAGUGGCCGGUCGGUGGAGGAACGUGGACAUUAGGCUCACACACCUACCCAGAGAUCAUCAUCACAGGACACGCAGACGGCUCCAUUAAGUUUUGGGACGCAUCUGCGAUCACGCUGCAGAUGUUGUACAAGAUGAAGACUUCCAAAGCAUUCGAGAAGCCAAAGCCGGGUGAGGGCCGCGCGGCCGAGCUGCUGGAGGAGGACCCGUUCGCCGUCCAGAUGGUCAGCUGGUGUCCUCAGAGCCGCGUCUUCUGCGUGGUCGGCAUCUCGGCCCACAUCAUCCUGUACCGCUUCAGCAAAUACGAUGCCAACACCCAGAUCGUGUCAUUAGAGGUGCGCCUCCAGUGUGAGUCCGAGGACGUCAUCACGCCAUCGGACAAUGAAAACAACCCCUGCUUCUCCGAGCCUGGCUCCCACUCCCCCCAGUCCCACCAGCAGCACGCAGCGAGUCCGGGCAGCGGGACGUCGGAGGGCGUCAAAGACAGCAUCCCCUGCCUCAAGGUGAAGGACCGAGUGGUGCGGGUCCCCCCCGGCUACCAGGCGGAGCUGGUCAUCCAGCUGCUGUGGGCGGAUGGAGAACCCCCACAACAGAUCAGCAGCCUGGACAUCAACUCUGCUUACGGCCUUCUGGCCUUUGGGAACUGUAAUGGCCUGGCAGUGGUGGACUACCUCCAGAAAACCAUCCUGCUGUGUAUGUCCACGCUGGACCUGUACGGAGCCGCCGACCCCUACCAGCGCCUCACCCGCUCCCCCCGCAGGAACAGACAGUCCACCUCAGAGUUUUGCAUGCGUGGCCUGUCUAACUUUUAUUCAGAUUCAAAGAAAAGGAUCCGUACAUCCUACCAGAGCCUCACCGAGCUCUCCGACAACCAGCAGUCCGUCGACAUGGAGCGAAGCAAGUCGCCCACCUCAGUUCAUUACCCGACCUCCCUUCACAAUGACCCGCGCAUCCUGCCAGAACCCGUUGCCAGUCUGCGAGCCAGCCACUGCAGUCCAGUCUUUUACUUGCUGGACAAUGUAAAGGGACCCGGCAGAAAGUUAAGUCUGCCAACAGAUCUUAAGACUGAUCUUGAUCAUGUCAAUGGACAUUGCACUAGCCCCACCUCCCAGCCCUGCUCGGCGGGGAAGCCUCGCAUCCCGGUGGGUCCCGAGGGGCCACGGCUUGCCCGCAGAGGCCCUGGCCGACCACCCUUCCGCAAGGCCCAGUCUGCUGCUUGCAUGGAGAUCUCUUUGCCUGUGUCCCACACUGAAGGUUAUGCAUCCAGGAGGGCAAUGCUCCAGCAGUUACACGGAGUCACUAUGUACUCCCACGACGAGCACCACACCACCAGCCCCUACUGCUGGAGUGAGAGAGAGAGCCGCGAGAACUCCUUCAGCCGCUCGCGCAGCUCCAGCGUCUCCAGCAUCGACCGGGACACCAAAGAGGCCGUCACCACGCUGCAGUUCGGGGAGUCCUUUGCGCGCAAGAGCGACGCGCUGCCCACCCCGUGUCUGUGGGUGGGCACCAGCUUAGGCGUGGUCCUGGUCAUCCCCAUGUCUAUUCCCACGGACCAGGAAGAGAGGAUGGAGGAACCUGUCACCAUUGGGCCCAGUGGAGCGGUGCUGAUGCUGAAGGGCUCGGUGUUGCGCUUCGGCUUCCUGGACUGCCUGGGCGCGCUCGUCCAGAGCCCCUACGAGGUCUGGAGGGACCCCAACGCCCCCGAGGACCCCGAGCGACCGCGGCGGCGCAAGCUGGUCCACUUCUCGCCGUCGUCCUCGCAGGACGCCUGCGGGGAGGGCCACCUGGCCGUGCUGUGCUCCGAGAGGCAGGCCAAAGUGUUCCUGAUGCCGUCGCAGUCCUGCCUCUUCGUCCACAACAUCACGGAGGCGUCGUUCGUGCUGCGGGCCGACGUGGUGUCCGUGUGCAACAGCGUGUGCCUCGCCUGCUUCUGCGCCAACGGACACGUCAUGACGCUCAGCUUGCCCAGUCUAAGACCGCUGAUGGAUGUCAAUUACCUGCCUCUGACAGACAUGCGUAUUGCCAGAACCUUCUGCUUCACCAACGGUGGGCAGGCGUUGUACCUUAGCUCCCCCACCGAGAUCCAGAGAAUCACAUACAUCCAGGAGAUGUGUGACAACCUGCAGGACAUGCUGGGAGAGUUGUUUACACCUAUAGAGACCCCAGAAGCCCAGAACAGAGGUUUUCUUAAGGGGUUCUUUGGAGGAAACGCCCAUAACUUCGACAGAGAAGAGCUCUUUGGUGAGGCAGCAGCAGGGAAGGCUUCGCGGAGUCUGGCACAGCACAUUCCGGGACAGGCGGGGGUGGAGGGCAUGAAGGUUGCGGCUAGCGGAGCAGUGGGGGAACUGGCCCGGGCCCGCAUUGCUCUGGAUGAGAGAGGGCAAAGACUGGGGGAACUGGAGGAACGGACGGCCCUGAUGAUGACCAGCGCAGAGACCUUCUCCAAACACGCCCACGAGUUGAUGUUAAAGUGUAAGGACAAGAAGUGGUACCAGUUCUAAUGACAGGACCGAGGGCUGAGACCGCCCUUUAACCGCUGGAAGCUUUACGCCGGGACAGGGACUUUCACUCUGCAAAGAGAGCGACUGAAGAAGAGACUCAAGAGUGACUUUGUCGUUACGGCUCCUCGACUGGCUGUACAGUACGUACGGCACCGUCACAUUGUUGAAUAACAAGGACAGGUCAGUUCCUUGUCUGAUCGUGCAGUAGUCAGAACAGAAGGAGGAUGGCGGCGCCUGAAGGACUGAAGAUGGAAGGAAAUGUGAGGUGCUGGAGUGUGUGUGUGUGUGUGUGUGUGUGUGUGUGUGUGUGUGUGUGUGUGUGUGUGUGUGUGUGUGUGUGUGUGUGUGUGUGUGUGUGUGUGUGUGUUUGUUGGGUUUUUGGGCCUCACUGUGUAGAUACUCACGUUAUGAUACCAAGAAGACAUGCAUGAAAUACAAAUGGAUGACUAUUACAAAUAUCCAACUGCCAUAUUAAAAAGCAGCAUGCUACUUUAAGAGAUACACAAAUAAAAAGUUUUAUUUAAUGAUGUAAGCCAACAACAGAAACUAUGAAAAACUUUAUAUUUUUUGAAAUAUUGACAUAAAAGCUAUAUAUAAAAAGGGAAAUAUAUACCUGCAUUGCUAUUAAGCCAAAACCUAUGUUUCUUUAGCUUUUUUUUUGUUCUAUUCAAAAGUUUUUUUUUUCUUAUCACUUAACACAGUAUUAAAUGCACAUAAUUAUCUUUCUCUACACACAUAAUGAAGCUAAAACGUAUUACAACAUACUCUGGGCUGCACAGUGCAAACACAAAUCCAUAAUAUUUAUACUCAAAUCACACAGAUUUAGUUUUACUUUUUGGCUGCUGCUACUUACAAAAUUAACAAUUGAUGAUGAGGACGAUCAAUUCUCCCCCCAAAUAUAAAGAAAACAGAUUGCUACAAGACGUUUGGAAAGGAAAGAGCAUAUUUUGACACAGUGUGGUUUUAUCUAUAGUAUGACACAAUAUACUAUUCAUGUGCCAUAAAAAGAAAGAUGUGUAAAUUAAUGAAGAACUAAUUGAUUGUCGGUUGUCAUAAAUUCAGGUGAGCUAAAGUACCUGGAGUUAGUCAUAGAGGGCAUUUAUGAACAAAUAAGUUUGUUUUAUUCUGAAAAAAUACAUAAAUUAGAGUGUUCUUUUAUUUUUUCAUGGUUGUCUGUUCACUAUUCCAGUUUCUAGCUGCCUUUGUCAGAUGUUCCGGUUUAGCGAACCGCUGCAUUGCGUGUGUGAGUGAGGAAGGGAGAGCUCCGGGCGUCCAACUGGACUCUCUCUCUCCGCCAGAAGCAAUCAGAAACGAAUGACAGCCCCUCGUCUCUUUCCGCCUCAGUCCUUUUGAAAGCUGUGCAUUUUCAGCAUUAAACUGGAGCAGUUCUCUUUUCAUGAUCGCAGAGGAUACGUUUCACUUGUUUGUCACCGUCUCUGUGGUGAGAAUAACGAGGAAUUGGAGUUACGUCCAUUUGAAAAUUGUGUGAGUCAAUUACCAGUGAAGGUUUUAAUCAGUAGGUAUUUUUCCAGUGGUGUUCAGAUGUUGAGUCAGUGAAGAAACUUAUGUACAUGUGUAAAACAUUUGCAACAAUUUCAGCUGAGGGCAUAUGUGUUAAUUAUUUCUUUUUUUUUUGUUCAAUAUCGUUCUUGAUGACUAUGAUAUCCUCCUGUAUUUGAUGGUGAUGGCCUCUCAACUGAAGGCUCUUGUAUGUUAAAAACAACAAAAUGUUUCAUGAUACAUGGUUGUGUAUCAUAUUGUGAUUGUGUUGUACAUGUCGAUGGAUAGCCACAUGACACGGGCAAACAGUAUUAACUGAGGAGGAUAUUUUGUACUAGUGUAUUUGUCUGUAUUUUUAAUUACCAUGAAAACCAAUCAGGAUUAUCGACAUCCAUUUCUAACACGUCAGGCCUUCAUGCACACACGUUUACUGAUGUAACGCAAUUUUGAUGUCAGUACCACAAAAAAAUAUGCACAGCAACACACAAAAACAUACUAAGGCUAAAAGAUAAUAGAACUGAGUCUUGAUUGGUUGUCAUUUCUGCCUACUUCCUGUCAGGCUGUGACACAUUGCUGAGAGAUACCACGUUGAACCCGCUCAAAUCCACGCAGUUAUUUGUCCAUUUGAAGAAUGACACGUGAUUGAAUUCAACGGCAUAAACCUGACAUACUGUAAGUUUCUCUUCUAUCUCUGUAUCGUCAGUGAGAUUUGUGUUCAGUGCAGUUCUGUCAGUGGCAGAGAAAACGCACACGUAGUCACACGUACACAAACAAAUCUACAAGAAAAUACAAAAAAAAAUCUGACUUCUACUGACAGGGUGUUUUGUUAGUAUGUUUUUGUUUUUUAUAUUAACUGUACAGUUCAAUCUUGAGAGAAAGGUGAAACAAACCAACAAAAAAACAUUAAAAGAUAAAGACAUUCUUGGGAUAUUUUUCUCUGUAUAUGUUGUACCUGUUACUGCUGGUACUGUAUCUGGUAUUCUGGCUCUGUCUAAAUCACUGGAACUCUGUAGUUCUUCACAACGUAGUAUCCUGAAAAGGCAUUUCUCUGGUUUUCUCAAUGAUGGCAGCAAAGUUUGUCUUAUUUAAAUGGAUUCUACCACUUUUUGUUCUUCUUGAUAUUAUACUAGUGUAAUAGAAAUUACUUGACAAAAAAAGAACUGAAAACAUGUUGAUGCAAAAGCAAACCGAAAUAAACAUUGGUUGAUGUA